ACCUCGGACUCCCACCACCUCUUAAUAUCCACCCUUUCCCCCCGGGAUCGACCAUUCGAAAACAUCCGUAAUGUCGGCUCCGGACCCUCAAGAAGCCUGGCGCAGGCUACAACAUGACCUUGCGAAGCGUACCGCUCGAUUCGGAGGCUCCGGCGGAGGUGCUCCAAAAGGUCUUGGAGGAGGUGCUGCUGCCAUAACUAUAAUUGCUGGAGGUAUCUGGUUGGCAAACAAUGCACUCUUCAACGUCGACGGUGGCCACAGAGCAAUCAAGUACACUAGGCUAGGAGGUGUGCAGAAGGAAAUCUACGCUGAAGGAACCCACUUCCGACUUCCCUGGUUCGAGACACCCAUUACCUACGACGUGCGCGCGAAACCCAGGAAUGUCGCCUCCCUCACCGGAACCAAGGAUCUCCAAAUGGUCAACAUAACCUGCCGUGUCCUGUCCCGACCGCGUGUCGAUGCCCUCCCUCAGAUCUACCGCACAUUGGGUACCGACUACGACGAGAGGGUGUUGCCAUCCAUCGUGAACGAGGUCUUGAAGAGCGUGGUCGCCCAGUUCAAUGCUUCGCAACUCAUCACUCAGCGUGAGAACGUUAGUAGGCUCGUGAGGGAUAACUUGGUGAGGAGAGCGGCGAGAUUCAACAUUAUGUUGGACGAUGUCUCAUUGACGCACCUCGCCUUCUCUCCCGAGUUCACCGCCGCCGUCGAAGCCAAGCAAGUUGCCCAGCAAGAAGCCCAGCGUGCCGCCUUCGUUGUUGACAAAGCCCGCCAAGAGAAGCAAGCCACCGUCGUCCGCGCACAGGGUGAGGCCCGCUCAGCCGAGCUCAUCGGUGACGCCAUCAAGAAGUCCAGGUCCUACGUCGACCUCAGGGAGUUCGAGAACGCGAGGAACAUUGCACAGAUCCUGCAGCAGAGCCAGAACAAGGUCUACCUCGACUCGAACGGCCUCGGCCUCAACAUCAGCCAGUCUGCCUUCGACAAAGAGAAGAGGGCUUCAGGGAAAUAAGUUAAGCUGGUCAUGAGUCUGUGAAGAGGUGGGUGGGUGUUGCAUCCAGGGAUAAGGCAACGUCAUGAAUGAACAAAAGGGCCUUGCAAAAAGCAUGAGUCUUGGUACACGAAUUAUCAAGACUG